GCGCACCUAAAGUAAAGCGAAGUAAAACGAGUAAAGCGAACAGCACAAAUAGAGACAUUCAAGCAGUAAACUAAUUAGCCAAUCACAUUCGAGAAUUAUCGGGAACGUGAGAUUUGAUCGUAUUGAAAUUCUCUUUGUGGUUGAUCGUUUCGCUCGCUGCUUAAAGGCUUAAAUCUUGAUAAGCUUGCUAUGCAUAAGGAAAUCGACUAAUUACGUCUAAUUACGUCUAGCGCAAAGAACAUCCUUAUAUUAUAAAUAUGCAAUUAUGCGAGUUUCUGGAUAAGUUUUUAGUCUUCCUACUUGUGUUUUCUGCUUGCCCUAAGAAUGUCGCGAGAUAUUUUUAGGUGCUUCUCUUUUUCUCGAUAGAAAUGUAUUGAUUCAUAUUUUUGUGAUUCAUAUUCAUAUUCUGUAUUGAUUCAUAGUCUUGUGAUUUAGGCCCGAUUUCACCAACAUCGAUUGGGCCUUGAUCUGAGUUUAAGUCUUUGUUUCAAAUAGUUUAAAUGUGAUUUAAGGCUUGAUCGACGUUGGUGAAAUUGGACCUUACAAUUUCAUUGAUCAGCAUCUACUGAGUUCGCUUUUGUGAUUUUUACCACGUUGUGUUGUUAACGCACAGUCGACCCCUGCUGAAAAGGACAGACAUGACAUUUCCGUGUCGGUCUUCUUGUAGUUCGUGCAACAUAUGCACAAGAUAUACGCGAGAUUCUGAUGGGCCCACACAUAUAUCACGGGAGUAACGACAAGUCGAGUAUCCCUAAGGGUCGGUUCGACUGGAAAAACAAUCUUUCCGAAAGAAAGACGUUGGGAACUAUCGUUACCUUUCUCACGCGCCGGCACUCGGCUAGAUGGGUUCGGACAAAAAGCUUUUGUCUCGACGAACUGUAGCGAUCCGCGCUUGCUUUUCCUUUUUUUUUAGGCCGCGAUGUAAACCGGCCAAUUAAAUGAACUUAGCGGGAGUUUCACGAGUAGGAGUUGCAGGCCGACGACGCGUUUUUUUUCUCUCUCUCUCUCUUUUCCUCCUAUUUCGCUGCAUUUCGCUUUCCUGACGGUUGACGGACAGUUUAGCCAGACAGCAAGCUAAGCAACUCAUCCGUGAUAAACACUUCGGCGCGGGCUUUUGUUUAGAUAAGCAGAGUGCCUUUCAUCUCACAUGACCGUGCACCACGCGAGAGGACCGGCCGGAGAUAAAUCGCGGCUGCGUAUACAGGGUGACAACAAAUUUGCACCAUACCAUGAUGACACUCUUCAGUACAGUCGGUUGAUUCAGCCCGCGUCUACGACAGGUGCAAUAAGACCCGUAUUCUGAGUUCUCUUUUAACGAUAAAAAAGGUUUAGGAGCCACCUGAUUGGCUGAGAAGCUACAUUUAAGGCACUUUUAUCGAUAAAAGAGGAUUCAAAAUAUGAGUCUAAGUCUUUAGCUUUAUGCUUUAAAGCCUAUAAUUUCUGGCGAAAAACAUUUUAACGAUUUGAGUUUAGCCAACAUGUUUAAGGCUUGGGGAUUAUGACUUCAGGCAGUACUUCAGUUUGUAGUUGAAAAUUAUAGUUUUGGACUUAGAGUAAUAAGGCUAAAGGCUAAACUAUUAUAGAUCCGGACUAAAGGUUGCAACACUUUCUCUCGAUGAGUCUCGUAACGUAUCCUGUAUCCAAUAAAAGAAUUUGGUUUUUGAUAAUUCCGAGAGGAUAGAUUCUCUUAUUGAAUGCCGAAUACUCAAUGCAAAACUCAUUGAGGAAAAGUGUUGUUAUACUUAGAGCCGGUUUUUCAAUAGCAGUUUAAACUUGGAUUCAAAUUUAAACUCUAUUCUAACAAUGCGUUUGUUUUGUUUAAACAGAGUUUAAGUUGAAAUCUAAGUUUAAACUAUCAUUGAAAGUGACCGGUAAAUCAGCCGACUGUACAGUCAGUGCAAGAAAGUUACAUUCACACUUCGAUCAACUUUAGAGCGCGUAUCCGAUAUACAAUAGGAAAAUUUAUCUUUAAAUCGUUGGAAAAUAAGUUCCCUUAUUGGGCGCGGUUGCGUUGCGAAUGUCAUUGAAAGAAGUGUUGCAAUUUUUUUAAUACUAACUAUGCAAAUCUCGAUUCAGAAGGAAGACUUGAAGUUUGCUGACAAACGACGAUAGCUUGUUCGAGAUCGUGCGGGAACAAUUUAAGUGGGCGAUGUACCCUUUGCCUUUGGCGAAAAUUACAAUUCCGAUGAGAUUACACGGAAAAUCCGCGCGAAUGAUCGUUUAUCCACGAUGAAAUUGAAAUUCCUCGGACAGACGAGAAUCUUUGGAUGGUAACGAAAGGUUAUAGAGUGAGUAGAACGAUGAGAGAAAUGUGCGAAUGUCCCGAUCGAAACGAAUGGAACGCGAGUUAAUUCGCGCGCUUUCGAAGCGUUAAUUAACGUUGAACGUCACUCGAAGAGGAACGCGAUUUUGAGUCUCGGUUACCGAGAGAGAACGAGAGAAAGAGAGAGAAAUAUCCGAUUAUCGAAUAUCGGAGAAUCGCGGACGCGGAACGCGAGGUCGCACUUUCGUGUGCGUCAAGCGCGGAGAAGCCGAUGCUAAAUUAUCCGAUCGACAUCGGCACUGAUUACAUUGAGUGCGAAGAGAUUCUUGGUGCAAAAGAUAGAGUGAUAUGUUAACCGAAGACAAUGAUCCGACAAAACCAGCAGGGGUUUUAGACAAUGCUGGCAACGUGUCUUCCUCGACAGAAGCCUCGGUACAGCAUCCUCGCGCCGCAAACAAUGAAACCGAAGUUAAGAACGAGGUGCAGGACUGUCCUGAGACCGACAGUGUGCCCGGCGGCGAGCUGUAUAUCGAUGAGAAUGCCGAGGAGAAAGAGCAGGAGUAUCCGGAUUCGAUGGAGAAGGCGGAUUACGGAUCCCUGUACGGUGCCAAUCAAUAUUAUAACAGUCUCUACAACUCGCCGCCUUAUGGAUCCACGACGGUCUCGAAAUCCGCAUCGGGUUUGCAGAGCUCAUAUCUAAGCUCCUACACGUCAUCGAGCUCGAUGACGCAGUACCCGUCCUACGCCGGCUACAAUAGCGGGGCGACGACUUUCCCGAACGUGGCGCAGAAUAUGUCACCGGCUUCACAGAAAUUGGACUAUAGCGCCUACAGCAGCAGUCUAUACGGGAACGACAGGGUGCCUCUUCAAUAUUCCGGCUACUAUCCUAUGCCUGGUUAUCAUGCGCCGCCUACUUCCUUCAACAUCAGCAACAUUAACUUUGCCGAAGACUCGACCAAGUCCGCGCUCACAUUGGACCCGACCACGCACGAUGCGAGCGAUCUGACCGCACGAGAAACCGCAAACAUCGAAGUGGCGACGACGAAGCCAUGCAGGCGCGGCAGAAGGCAGAGCGGAAGCGGGAACAGUAUCGGUUCUGCAGACACGACGGAGGCCGGGCCUGAUCGUAUAUUCAUUUGGGACCUUGAUGAGACUAUCGUUAUAUUCCACUCCUUGCUAACCGGACAAUUCGCCACGAAGCACCGCAAAGAUCCUACCCCUCUGGCUCAAGUGGCAUACAGAAUGGAGGAGAUGAUAUUCAACUUGGCGGACACGCACUUCUUCUUCAGUGACAUCGAGGACUGUGAUCAAGUGCACAUAGAUGACGUCGCGUCGGACGACAACGGACAGGACUUGUCGUCCUACAACUUCGCGACCGACGGCUUCCAGUGCGCGUCCACCAACAACGGGAUAUGCCUAACUUCCGGCGUGCGCGGUGGCGUCGAUUGGAUGAGGAAGCUGGCGUUCCGUUAUCGCAAGAUCAAGGAGAUCUACUGCAACUAUCGCAACAACGUAGGCGGUCUCCUGGGCACGGCAAAACGCGAGCAGUGGCUCCAGCUGCGCUCCGAGAUCGAGGCGUUGACCGACAACUGGUUGACAUCGGCGGUCAAGUGUCUGAGUCUCAUCAACAAGAGAAGCCACUGCAUCAAUAUCCUGGUGACGACCUCGCAGCUCGUUCCCACACUCUCCAAAGUCUUGCUCUUCGGCAUCGGUGGAAUAUUCCCCAUAGAGAAUAUAUAUUCCGCCACCAAAAUUGGAAAAGAAAAUUGUUUCGGGAGGGUGGUAGCACGAUUCGGCCGCAGGUGUACGUAUGUAGUGAUAGGCGACGAUUCAGACGAGGAGAACGCGGCACGGGCGCACAACUUUCCUUUCUGGAGGAUAAACAGCCUCUCGGACACGCAAGCUCUGUACAAUGCCUUAGAAAUGGGAUUUCUUUAAUCAAAAUAUGGUUGAUCUGCGACACUGGGAAAUGUUAUACGUUCGGCGCACGGAUAAUUAUACGGCACGCUCGGCAUUUCCGUACAAUCGUGCAAGCGGGGAGAACCAGUGACGGAAGCAUGCUUAACUCUCUGGGAGAAGCUCUUAUCAUUCCUAUAACUUAUCGUGUAUAAUAUACGUAAACAAACGGACGGUCGACAUCUCCGUAUCUGUCACGUAUAUGGCUACAUUCGCCGAUGAUCAGAUAUUUUAUGAGCUCGGUCGGACACGGUCUCUCUGUCCGUAAGUGAUAUAGAAUGAAGGUAAGACUUAAGUGAUAAUAAACACAAAGAGAAAAUCGGGAAGAGCUAAAAGUUUAUGUAUAAUAAGAUUUUUUGGAUGGCUCUCUAGCCUAUCUUAGUCACGUGUACUAUACUAAACUGAAAUGGAAUCUGUGAAAAGGAUAUAUACCGGGUGAAUCAACAGAAACAGAGCUUAAUUGAGUAAUUGUUCUAGAUUCGAAGAUUCACUCUGUAUGCACAUACACCUUUCGUGUACUUAAACGCACUACAUUUGCAUACUUUUACUUCCGACGACGGUAAAAUCAAACGAUUUUUACUAAUGUAUUUACUAAACGAUAAAACGGGUUUUAUAGGUGCGACGAUUAUAAUUUUCCAUUGCUAUGUUUCAAGCAGCUUAUUCGCCGGAAUUACCGGAAUUCAUGUUUGUUUUCUACAAUCCUAGUAUUAUAGUUGGCGUUCGCUUCUUAUGUUACUUUCAUGUGCAAAUUUAUCGCGAGAAAUUAAUCGCGGUUAGUUACAAUUUCAUCGAUCGUCUUAAUAUCUUUGUUCGUCAUGCUACAUGUAUCUUCACAUUCCUUUAGUCCUUAUGUCGCAAAUAUAGUUAUAAGCAGUAUUAUGUAUAUUUUGAAAGUAUCUAUCAUAUCAAUCACACAUUACCAUGACACACCUUACCGGACACAAAUGUGUGUGCAUUAGGAGUAUUUAUAUAUUUGUAAAGAUACUAUAGUUAUAUAUAUAUAUAUAUAUAUAUAUAUAUAUAUAUAUAUACAUAUAUAUAUAUAUAUAUAUAUACAUAUAUAUAUAUGACCGUAUUUUGAAAUUGUACAAGGACAUUUGACAAACUCCCGAGGAAUGCAUUAAUUAAUAUAAUAAAGAAAACGAAUUAGAGUAUAGUUGGUGAUUGCAGUUGACAUCGUUAUGUGUAAAAACAGUUUAUAAAAAUUUUCUGAAUAUAUCGUAUUAUUCGUUAAAGCAAAGAUAUUAAUAAAAAAUAUAAUUGAAAAUAUGUAAAAUAUACCGUUUGUGUCUCGAAAGACUGGCAUCGUGCAAAGAUGAAAGUAACUUAAUAUUGUCCUUUACUUUAGUAAGAAAAUUAUAUGUGUAUCAAAUUUACAAAUUAAAUUAUAUGACACUAAUUUAAUAUCAGCUUGUUCUCGAGAUAAAUUAAUGUUCUACGAGAUUUUUGUUUUUACUUGAAAUAUAUAUAUAUAUAUA